AUGACUCAAUCAAAUUUGAUCAAGCAUCACGAUUCCGGAAAGAAAAUGGAACAGAUCUCUAAGAGGUUGAAGAUCUCGGUUCCCAAGUUCGAUAAUUCCAAUCUGAUUGAGGGAUACUCACGGACUUUAAUCGGACGAUGUAUGAACCCGCAGGCUCAAGAUAUGAAGACACAUUUGUUUAUGCUUCCUCGUAUUUGGAAGGUGGAGGAACGGGUUGCAGGAGCAGACCUGGGAUUGGGUCGGUUUCAGUUCGACUUCGACCGUGAAGAGGAUAUCGUCGAAAUCAUGAAGAUGGAACCCUUCCAUUUUGACUAUUGGAUGCUCUCUUUGGUCAGGUGGACACCGGUGGUAGAUCCCAACUAUCCAUCAGCAAUUACUUUUUGGAUCCGGGUUAUAGGUGUUCCGCUUCAUUUUUGGGCAGAUCUGACAUUCAGAAGCAUUGGGAAAGCUCUCGGUAAGGUGGAAGCGGUUAACUUGAAUGAAGGAAAGAUUCAGGUUACAAUCGAUGGCUUGAAGCCACUGUGCUUUGAAACUCUGGUGGAGUUUCAUAGUGGUGAAGAAACAACGGUCUUUUUGCGGUAUGAGAGACUCUUCGGAUAUUGCCGGCAAUGCUUUAGCUUAUGGCAUGAUUAUCAAAGAUGUCCAGAUCGUGUGGAAAAUGCAGGUCGGCAAAUGACGGAACAUGAAAAUGAUGACCUCAGGAUGAAUCAGGGGCAGUGUCAUUCAAAGCAGCUGUGGUGA